AUGAUGGCUGCAGACAUCAAUUAUUGGAAAUCGUGGCUUAUAAAUUAUAAGACUGAUCAAUUUGAGUUGGAUUACGAUGGAGCUAUAUUGGGAUUUGAAAGAAGUUUUAUGGCUAUUUUUGAAUCACUCCAAGAGGAUCAUGUAAGCGACGAAACGAGGUUAGUUCUUACUGAUGCUGUAGGGAUAUGGAUGUUGAGAAGCCGCCAGUUGUUGACGAAGAGUAAUGGGAGAGGAGGGUACGAGGUUGUGCUGAAGGAGCAGUUAUUGACGUUGGAAAGAGCGACCUUUUUGUUCAGAUAUGUUAUUGAUUUCUGGUCUGGUGGCGGAGCACCUUUGGCGAAUUCGUUGAGACACAUGUUUAGUAAAAUGUUGCAACUUUUGGAAGAGAUUCAUAAGGACGAGGUGUUAUCGGUGUAUAAAUUAUGGAUAGAAGAUGUAUUGUCUAUCAGUCCAUUUAUUAGGUUUUUAUAUUUCCUGUUAGAUGCAUUUGCCGCGAAGAUGGACUUGAAAAUGGUGUUAGAACUGCGACCCGGGUUUAUCGAAAGUUCAUUAAGCUAUAUGUGGUCAGAUUCUCUGUCAUCUCUGGUAGGGAAAUGCAUUACCACCCUGUUGAUUAACUUGUACACCUAUCACUACUCUGAGCAUACCUUGGUAGAGUGGCUAGAGUUGUGGGAGGCACCUGUUAUUAAAUUUCUUAAUCAAAGUCGGUGCGCCAAACGUGUGAGGAUUUAUGUCUUGGCAAACGUUUUCAAAAGUGUCCCACCGUUAGCAUUCAAUUUGUUUAUUUGGCGCAAUUUGCAACAAAAGCCAGGAUUAUUGUUGCCACUACUAAAAAUUGGCCAGGAAUUGGCUAUUGAAGAGGAGCCAUUUCAUGAGAAUAAACUGAUUUCAUUGAAUGAGUUAUCGAGCCUCUUGACAAUUGAUCAAUACAAAUUAGCAGCUUUUGAAGUGCUGACCUAUUCUCCCAAGGGUUCCAGACCGGUCAGACCAUAUAUAUUUGAUAUCAUCAAAAAGAAUCUUCAAAUAUUUUUUGUCGAUUUUGAUAUCGAGACCAGGAACUCUUUCCACAGUUCUUUUAGGCAUUUCAUAAAUCGCAUUAGAGAUUCUACCUAUUCAUUAAACCGUGAUGCAUUGAAACUGCGCGCUAAAAACAAAUUUCCCGAUGAGCAAGAGGAUAAGCUAAAACAGGUAGGGGAAGCUCGACAGUUUCUGCAGUAUUUGGUUGAAUUUAUGACGUUGCAAAUAGCCCCCGGGAUGCAAUAUCAGAGAAAGUCAUUGGCUUACAAGUUUUUGAACACAUUGGCUCUUUCAGGCGUAGAUAGUGUUGUUGAUGAAAAGUUUUUGGAUACGAAAAAGAGGAUGGAAUUCCCAUUUCGUAUAUCAAUCUUCGAUGGUUGCAUGAUUCGUCUUUUAUGUGAUAAUAUGACAAAUGAUUACGACGACAUCCGACAAUGGUCCUUAGAGUUACUUUUGACUGUAUUUAAUUCACCAAAAGGAAAGCCAUUUCACUAUUUGGUGGAUACUGUUGAUUUAGAAAGAAAAGCGUACCAGCUUCUUAAUUUUUACAAAGACAGCGAUGGUGGAUCUAAGGUUAUGGAAUUUUUGUUUAGCAUAUCAACAGAUCAAAUUGGCUUUAUGACUAAACUUAUUAAUGAAUUAGACACAUAUUUGUCAGCCACGGAAUCAGAUCUUACGCAAAGUUUGGAAAACCCAGUUAGUGGUCUCUUUACCACGUUAAAUGUGUUGUUUGUAAGAUAUGAGUUCACGAAUGAAGCAGAGUAUUUGAUACAGUCCUGCAUUAAUCUAGUUUUGAAGAACUGGAACACCGCCAAAGAAAUAUUAUGCCAUGAUUCUCCAGAGGGAAAUCUACCAUUAAAAUAUCUGAAUGGUGGUACUUCAGAUGCAAUUAUUACCAGUUAUGCAUUUAAAUCGAUAAAGGAGUCGUCAUCUUUAUUUAGCACGUUAUUAUUACGAGCUCCUAUGUCCAAUCAGCAACUGAUAGAAUGCGGUGAGUUAUUAAUAGAUCAGUUAUCAACGAUUCGCCACAGCGGUGCUUUCCAAUCCAUAAUUCCAUCAUUUGCAUCCUGUUGUAAAAGGUGUAUGAGAGAUAUACCAAAUCAAAUGGAGGCUUGGUUAAAUGAAAGUAUCAAAUCUUUACAAACAAAAACCCAGUACAUCACGAGAAGGUCAGGAGGCUUACCCUUCUUAAUAACGGCAAUUCUAGCAGCGGAGAAGAAUAAGUCAAGGCCGUGGUUGAAAUACACAUAUGAAUCACUAAGUGAAAUUGCCCGCAUUCCAAUUUUAGAACAUGAAGAAAAGUUGGAUUUACCUCAAGUCAACGCACUUAACUGUAUUAGAACCUUAUUCAUUGAAUCCACACUAUCAGAAGCAUGUACUCCAUACGUGUAUCCUGCCCUGGAGCUAUGUCUGGAGAACUUCACAUCUCCACUAUGGGCAAUGCGGAACUGUUCCAUUAUGUUGUUCACUGCGCUUCAAAAUAGGUUGUUUGGGAAGAUAGGUAAAAACACAAGUGCCAGGCUAUUUUUCACUCGUUAUAAAGGUAUUAGGGAAAUAUUGUUAAAGAAAUUACAGGAAUCUGUCGACAUAACUUCAAGACCAUCAACCUCCAGAUCGAUUACGUCUACUGUCAAUUCUCUGAUUGUUCAAUCAGAGCAAUCAGAGAUUGAGUCUAUUUUCCUGGUCCUGACAACUUUGUCUAGGUUGAAACCUACUCCAGGGUAUGAUGGCUUAGACGCUUUCAAAUUGGAAAUUUUGAAAUGUUUAGAGAACAGAAAUUGGAAAAUUCGAGAAAUGGCAGCUCGCGCAUUACCUGCUUUGAUAGAGGAGCCAUAUCAACAAUCUCUAUCAUUAUUAGACAACCGAAAAUGCUCUGUUAGGCAUCAAAAUAGGUUACACGGCCGUCUGCUAGCUGUAAAACAGUUAGUUACUUUAGAAUUGAGCAAAGUGGAUGCUCGUCCAAUUCCGUUGAAACUUUCCAACUUUAUUUUACGGAGUUACAACUAUUAUAUUGGAAAGAAAAACCCAUGCAACGUGACAGCAAAGGCAUAUGUUGAUGUUGUCAGGAUAAUAUUGGAGAACAGUAUUGAUGUCUUGGAAUCCGACAAACUGAAUUUGGUGAGGCACUUUGGAAAUUAUUUUGCUGAAGCAAAUGAACGUUACAUUGUAGAUGGUAGCUUACAAUUACUGUUGGCAGAAGUUGUUAAAGUGAUACUUCAAAAUGAGAAACGGGAACAUAUUACCGAUAUUGUUCUUUUGGGCAUUUACUCUCCCUUUUUUGAGGUACAGCUAGCCACUUUAGAAUACAUUCAAUCUAGCAUUAACAUCGCCUCAGCCUCAUUCGCGGAAGUUCAGAAUAAGUUAAUGGAAAUGGUAGAUGCUCGGGAUGUGUAUCCACACGUUAAAUCUGUUGUAUUGAAAACCUUGGAAAAAUCACGCAGGGUGAUGGAUUCCAAUAGACUCUUCGCAAUUUUAGAUAGCAAUUUACCAGAAAGCAUGCAAGCAAGUGCAUUAGCUUUACUCGGAUCCUGUGCUAAAUCCCAUACUGACGAUGAAAAACUAUGGUCACUGACAAAGAAAUAUAGCCAGGAUGAAAUGCCUCACCAUUUCAGAAUGUCUAGUUUGUGUUGUCUAAUCAACAGAUUAACUAGCUCAAAUAUUAUAGUUGACAAUAACUGCUUUAAAACCAAGUUGCUAUACGCAAUAUAUUGUAGCCUCUGGGAUGACGACGUGGAUAUACGAACUACAGCAGCAAUAUUCUUGAACAAGAAUUAUCUGGAACUAACCCAUGUGCAACAGCAGACUAGCGCAUCGGUUACCGCAGAAUUAUUCACGCGAAAAUUUGCUGAAACGGCUGAACCUGGGGUAAUACUUGACCUUUGUGUCGAAGCUGUAAGUAACCUGGAAAACAAUCUAUCCUCCGUUCAACCACAGGAAGCCUCCGUUUUUAGGGGCUUAUUUGCGAUCGAAGAUGAUAACCAAUUCAGGAACACGAUCAGUUUUGCUACUAACUACAUUUUCUUGUUGGGGAGCAUCAAACCACGUACCACAGAGGUCGAAGAUUUAAUUAAAUUUUUAGAAUCUCGAUUGCUUAAUCACGUUGAUUGCUUUUCUUGUUCGGACGGGUUUUUAGGGUGGUGUUCAGAUCCCGACAUCUUCAAUUUCAUUAUAAUUCUAAGGAAUCUUAUUGCCCAGCUGUCAUCAACACAUUUGGAGCUCAUAGACAAUAGAUUAAUUGCUAUGAAGUGCCAUCCCUCUGUUUUCCGAAUGUUAGGAUAG